ACAAACAAACAAGCAACGAAUGGUGCGUUCCGCAUAGUGCACGGUUUACUUAUCUCGUUAAAAUGUCCAACCGUACGUUAGAAGAUUGGGAAGCAAUCGCAAACACACUAACGCAGGAUGACGCCGCCGAGGAGGACGAGGAGAUGGACACACUCGAAGCACUGGAGGCUAAGAUGAGCAAAGUUCCCCGCGGCAUGUUUGUGAGCGGAUGGGAUGAUCCGGACGAUUUGAUCGAAGAAGACAAAGAUCCCAAAGCCAGUUUCGUAAGACACGUGCUGUGGGCGGCCGGUGAAAACAAGCAGGACAUUGUAGAAGACAUCGUAAGCCGUAAUCCGUCCGUGGUGCAUGCGGUCGACAGCGAUGGUUACACACCGCUUCAUAAGGCUUGCUACAAUAAUAACCGGGAAAUGGCCCUGUUUCUGCUGCGAUAUGGAGCCGAUCCGAAUGCUCGCACGCAAAUGGGAUGGACACCAUUGCAUUCGGCCUGCAAAUGGAAUAAUGCGGCGUGUGCAGCGUUAAUGCUACAGCACGGAGCCGAAGUGAAUGCUCGUUCAGAUGGUGAUCAAACGCCACUACACAUUGCCGUUACGGUAUCGAGCUGUCGGUCAACUUUGCUAACACUUCUCAUGAAUGGACGGUGUGAUCCGGAGCAGCGGAACAAUUCGGAUGAAAAGGCUGAGCAGAUAGCGAAACGUAGUGGUGAUUGUUUUCCAAUGUUUGCAAUGGCUCAUUCCGCCUUUACAGUCGAAACUGGCGUGAUCGAUUAA